UCAAAUGUCCAAAGCAUGAACUUGGAUCACACGAGUUUUAUAAAUGGGGCAGAAUGUCGAGAGAAGGAACAAAGUUUAUAAGAAUCGAACCAAACUAUAUAGUUUUGGAUGAUGGAACAUUGUUCUACUCACAUCUUACUGAAAAAGAUGUGAAAUAUUUCAAUAAACAUAAGUGGGUAUGCGGCAUGGAAGCAGUAGUUGGUAGUGUUGUUCAUCGAUUUGGAUGGGCUACGAAGGUAAAGACAGUGUUAAACACAGUUAAGAGAAACAUGACAACGUUUGGGCCAAAAAUUGUGACUAGCCUACCUCGGAACAAACCAUUUCAAGAGGGAAACACAAUAUCCAUGAAAUGUGCAGCCACUGGAAGACCAACACCAUCGUAUUCGUGGAGGAGAAUUGGUGUUGACGGGAAAGAACAUGCAAUCAAAAAUGGCAGAGAUAACUUUAUAUUUUCAGGCGGUGACGCAAGAUUUCUUGUUUUGCUUUCUGCAAAAGAAAAGCAUUCAGGCCAAUAUUUCUGUACAGCAACGAUUGGAAACAACAGUGAUACUGUCGCGGGUUCUUUGACGUUUAAAGUUGAACCUAAAUGGGUUUUUAAAGACGUUAAAUCGGCGAAGUCGUCAAUCUAUUCCAGUCAUUCAUGGACAUGCAAUGCAACAGGUGUCCCCGUGCCAACAUACCAAUGGUAUAAAAAUGGUGUUCAACUCAAUGGCAGCGCAAAGUAUAACAUAGAUGAAGGAACAAUAACUUUUCCAAGAUUGGAGAAAAAUGAUACUGCAAUGUAUCAAUGUGUAGCUGACAAUGGCGUGAAUAAUAUUUAUCAAACUGCAUAUCUGGAUGUUCAAGCUGAGAAACCUGUCUUCGACAUGAACACUGGCAAGACAACACUAUUCCUGGGCGCGAAAGGGACGAUCAAAUGUCGUGCUAAAGCUGCUCCUGCUGCUGAAAAUACGUGGGAGAAAGAUGGAGUCAAGAUAGAUUUCUCUUUCUCGCGGUAUACACUGGUUAACAAUGAACAUCUUGUCAUAGAGUCGGUGAGAAAACAAGAUGUGGGAAAUUAUACGUGUAAAGCUGAGAAUCAUUUUGGUGUUGAUACUAAACUGAUAAAUGUUCAAGUUAUGAGUGAAAUGACCUUUAUCUCAAAACCUCAGGAUGUCAUCGCAAAAGUGGGGGGCUCGGUCAAAUUAAAAUGCGAAGCUAAAGGUAAUAGAGAUAGUCACGCUAAAGAAAAAAUGAAGUACAAGUGGAAACACAAUAACCAAGAUAUUAAGCCUAAUGAUUCUAUUGUUUGGUCUGGUGACAAUCAUUCCUUGGUUUUGCGUAAUCCGCAGGUUGGUCAGAGUGGAAUUUAUGUGUGUAUUGCAUACAUUGACCAACCAUCUUAUGCUGAAAAAAGAAGUUCGGCAAAAGUUGUUAUACGAGGUCCACCUCAGGCACCAGACAAAGUAGAAGUCGAAGAACAUUGCAACAACUUAUCUGCGAAGUUAAUGUGGAGCACAGGGAAAAAGAACUAUGAUUCAACUAAAUACCUCAUCGUAGAGAUGGCUACCAAUAAUGAUACCAAGUGGCGUAAAAAUGAAAGCGACCAGAUUGAUCCAAAGUUGAAUAAAACAACAAUCAAAGGUCUUUCCCCCUGGACCAAUUACCGAUUUCGCGUGCGGGCGUUUAAUGAAAUUGGCAAAAGUGAUCCAAGUGAACCUACACGUUUGAUUGUUUGUGGAGCACCGGCAAAAGCAGUUCCACCUCAAGCACCAGACAAAGUGGAAGUCGAGGAACACUGCAGCAACUUCUCUGCGAAGUUAAUGUGGAGUACAGCGAGAAACAACUAUAAUUCAACUAAAUACCUCAUCGCAGAGAUGGCCACCAAUAAUGAUACGAAGUGGCGUAAAAAUGAAAGCGACCGGUUAGAUCCAAAGUUGAAUAAAACAACGAUCAAAGGUCUUUCGCCCUGGACCAAAUACCGAUUUCGCGUGCUGGCGUUUAAUGAAAUAGGCAAAAGCGAUGCAAGUGAACCUACACGUUUGAUUAUUUGUGGAGGAGCACCAGUACAAGCAGAAUCAGCUGUUCCCCACAAACGCUCCUGGUUCACGGUGAUUGUGGUUGUUGUUUGUUUUCUUUUGGUCAUUCUUUUUAUAGCUUUGAUAAGUUCAUUUGUAACGAGGGAGAGGGGCGAGAAAUAUCCAGUUGGCAAACUCGAAAGAACGAGAGGUGCAAAUUUGGACGUUGAUGAGAAACUUGAUUAUAACACAAAUCAACCAAAUACACAAACGUCACAAAGCCUAAACAAAGAUCCACGUCGUGAUAGCUUAGAUGAAUACUGUGAAGAUCGUUUUGACGAAGACGUGACUUCUUUAAUUGGUGCAUAUAAUAAAGACAUCCUCAAUUAGCUCUCAAUUAAUGUAGUUUAUAUGUUGAGAUUCUUUAUAAGGAUUUGAACGUCUGGCAACUUAGUAAAGGAACAACACAAUGAGACAUUUUUGUGGCAUAUAAUUUGGGCAGGAAGUUUUUCCUAGAGGAACAGGAGGACCUCUAAAAUGCAGAGGGUGUGAGCCAGCUCUGUGCAUGUUGUUCAGUGAGUUGAGACCUGAUGAUCUAGGGACCACCAUUAGUUAUACUGAGACAGUAAGGGCACUCAAAACCCGACAGAGCAUGCAAAAACUAUAGGUUUUUCUAGAGGAACAGGCGGACCUCUAGGUAACAGGGGAACAGGCGGACCCCUGUUCAGGUCAGUCAGCUCGACUCAAAUAUUGUCUGACUGACCCAUCGAGUCUCUAGGUCAGGUCAUCAGGUCGCGUUUUCGACCAAAAUGACCUGUACAAAUGCACUUCACGUGGUGAGGUGUUGUCCAGAAGGACAGCACUUCCUGCCAUUGUUUAAUCACUGCAAUUCAUUACAAGUUACAAGAAGAAUAUCGAUAGACUAUCUAGAGAUAACAUAUGAACGAACAUAACGUAUCAGUAUAUUUACAUGCGGAGGCCACAGCGGCCAGUCCUUCGCUGUGGGGAGGUGGGUGGGGUUUAUUUUUGUAGUUUUUGUUUAUAGUUACUUUUGAAACGCAGAUAUAUGUAUUACUGCCUUUCGAUAGAGACCUUUAAAUAUUUGACCGGCGUUGUGGACGCAUUGGCUGAGGUCUUGCGAAUGACCAAUGCAUGCAUGGGGAGCAGGCAAAAUCCUUGCAGAAAAAAGGGGGGCAUUGUUCAAGUCCAUGUGAAGGGAAAGACCGCCAGGGGAGAUUCGAUUGGCCGUAACACAAGUUUGCAUACGUUGUUCACAUGCUAAGAUGCCAGAGUUCGUUCAGAUUUUGGACUUUAUAACUAUUAACAUGCCUGGUAAAGAUUGCUUUGUUCUAUUGAGGCUAAAAUUAGUGCAUGCGACAACUAUGACAGCUAGGCCAGAGAUGGUCCAUAUGUAGGGUGAAAUAGGACCUUCUGGAACAUAUUACUCCAUUAACCGCAAAUUUAUACUUGCGUAUAAAUUUUUUAUUUAAUGAACUAGAAUUUGUGUAACUGCUUUUAGUCAAUUUUCUGAUGUCACAGGUAUAAACUAUGGGAAGUGAAACAUGUUUGCAGAUCAUGUACCAAAGUACUUUUGAUAAGGGAUUUUUUGUCUUUGCUGGAGAAUCUCUUUUAACACUUCUUGAGGAUUUUUUCGUAAACUUCGCUGAAAAAAUGCAAAAGUUGAACUCAUGGUAAGAGCUGGGUGAAUAAUUAUUGGUGGUGACUUUACUGAGACCAAAAGCGAAUUGAUAGUCAAAAUGUUCGAAUAUAUUCAUUUGUUGAUAUUUUAUUUAAUAGCCAUUCUGUCUAUAGGUCUUAAUAAAAGUCUUC